CUUGGAAGCAGCCCGCCACCAUUUUGGAAGUGGCCUGCCACCAUCUUGGGAGCUCUGGGAGCAAGGAACCCCUGGUAACAUUUUGGUGACCAUGAAGGGACCUCCAAAGUGUGACUCCUGAUUGCCUCCUCAAGUCACAGACACUAUGCUGCCUCCCAUGGCCCUGCCCAGUGUAUCUUGGAUGCUGCUUUCCUGCCUCAUGCUGCUGUCUCAGGUUCAAGGUGAAGAACCCCAGAGGGAACUGCCCUCUGCACGGAUCCGCUGUCCCAAAGGCUCCAAGGCCUAUGGCUCCCACUGCUAUGCCUUGUUUUUGUCACCAAAAUCCUGGACAGAUGCAGAUCUGGCCUGCCAGAAGCGGCCCUCUGGAAACCUGGUGUCUGUGCUCAGUGGGGCUGAGGGAUCCUUCGUGUCCUCCCUGGUGAAGAGCAUUAGUAACAGCUACUCAUAUGUCUGGAUUGGGCUCCAUGACCCCACACAGGGCACCGAGCCCAAUGGAGAAGGUUGGGAGUGGAGUAGCAGUGAUGUGAUGAAUUACUUUGCAUGGGAGAGAAAUCCCUCCACCGUCUCAAGCCCCGGCCACUGUGCGAGCCUGUCGAGAAGCACAGCAUUUCUGAGGUGGAAAGAUUAUAACUGUAAUGUGAGGUUACCCUAUGUCUGCAAGUUCACUGACUAGUGCAGGAGGGAAGUCAGCAGCCUGUGUUUGGUGUGCAACUCAUCAUGGGCAUGAGACCAGUGUGAGGACUCACCCUGGAAGAGAAUAUUCGCUUAAUUCCCCCAACCUGACCACCUCAUUCUUAUCUUUCUUCUGUUUCUUCCUCCCCGCUGUCGUUUCAGUCUCUUCAUUGUGUCAUAUGGCCUAAGGCUUUAAAGAGCAAUAAAAUUUUUAGUCUGC